GUCUCCAAAAACCCAACCCUGGCCGCGCAGCGAUAUUUUAUCUCAGUCUCCAAGUUAUGACUCCAGACCGCGCCAGACAACAGAACUCGUCUCGGUGUUGCGAAUGGUUUCUGGGCACAGACUGUAUCAGGUUGCUGGACUCCCUCGCUGUCUCCGUGUGUGAGCUUUUGCUGUAAUGCGUAAAGAUCUGCAGGGAUUUAUCAGGCGGAGUGAAGAACGCACGGUGGACGCGCUUUAGCCAAAAUGCACAAGUGCAUUUCUAACGAUCUGGUGUCAUAGUAGAUAUGCGUGCAUGAGGACGAUUUUACAACUAAUGCCGGGAUUAUAACACUAAAUAACUAACUAAACUUCCACAAAGUAUCCACGUUUUCUUAAAACUAACAGGUGCGCACUUGCAUUGCGCAGCAGCGACAGGUUUGGAAGCUGUGGAACGGAUUUGUUGUGACACUUUUCACUUUCUUCAGACGGACUGAUGAAUAAGAUUAUGUGGAUUUCACUUUGCGUUUAUCCUCUCCAAAUGUGUCCAAGACUGCACUGGUGUCCUGUGAACGACGCGUGUGUGUGGUGAUACAAACCAUCCCGUCUACAGCGCUUUGUGAUCGCCAACUACCACUCAUCCAAAUGAUCCUUCCAUUAUUACUCCUUCUUGCAUCGCUUCUCCAACAAUAUGGCUCGGAAGCUGAAUCAAGUCAUGUCAGCAAAUUUCACCUUCCAAAUAUAAAGGAGCAAAACGGAGUGCAAGAUUCCCAUCAGGAGAAAGUCAUAACUGUGUCUGGAGAGGGAAUGGUCCAAAGCCCAGACUUCCCACACGCCUAUCCCAGGGAUACCAUGUUAGUCUGGAGACUAGUGGCCACCAGCAACAUGAGGAUCCAGCUCACCUUCGAUGAGAGGUUUGGUCUGGAGGACCCUGAAGAUGGAAUAUGCAAGUACGACUUUGUGGAAAUAGAAGAUCCGACUGAGAAGACGCUCCUGGGUCGCUGGUGUGGGUCACAACCAGUGCCAGCUAGUCACAUUUCGAAGGGCAGCCAGAUCAGCAUUCGCUUCGUCUCGGAUGAAUAUUUCCCAUCUGAGCCAGGAUUCUGCAUCCGCUACUCCCUUCUGCCUGUGAGUGUAUCAGAGCCUGCAGUCCCUGCAGCUCUCCCUCCAUCCCUCCAAGAUAUUGAGGAGCUGUCAGAGGCCGUAGAAGGACUGAGCACUGUGGAGGAGGUCAUGAAGUACCUAGAACCAGAGCGAUGGCAGCUGGAUAUAGAGGAGCUGUACAAACCCACGUGGCAUGUGCUUGGAAAAUCAUUCAUCCAAAACAAGAAGGCCAGAGGAGGGGCGGAUCUGAAUCAGCUAAGGGAAGACGUUCAACUGUACAGCUGCACUCCGCGGAACUUCUCUGUAUCCUUGCGUGAGGAGCUGAAAAGGACAGAUGCCAUUUUUUGGCCUAGCUGCCUCCUGGUGAAGCGCUGUGGUGGAAACUGUGCAUGCUGCUCUCACCGCUGCUAUGACUGCCAGUGUGUUCCUACCAGAGUCACGAAGAAAUACCAUGAGGUUCUGCUGUUGAAGCAUCGAAGUGGAGCACGAGGCCUGCAGAAGUCCAUGACUGAUGUUCACUUGGAGCACCAUGAAGAGUGUGCCUGUGUGUGUAAAGAUGACUGGGACUGACCCCAGACAUGUGUAAUAGCUGCCAAUGGAAGCUCAUAGAAAUGAACCUCUGCCGCUGUUCUGUAUCUCAUCCACUUCCACUGGGAGUUAACAAGAUUCUCCCUUUAUCCUGUUGUCCUUUCACUAAUUGGAUGAAGCAGAACAGACUGGAAUCUAAUAAAUCUUCUGAGUGGAUUUGACUGCUGUGGAAUACCAAUCACGUGCUCUGAGUGCAUUUUAGAGAGACAAAAAUUCACUGGAGCAGCUCUGGACUCUUGCUUAUGUGCUCUGAAAGACUAUUUUCUUCAGCUCCUCAAAGAUUUAAAAAACAGACAUUGAGGCAUAUUUGCCUGUUCUUUCUGAGUUUAAGUUAAGUCAGUGUGGGCUGAUAGUGUCACAGAAAAGUGGAGCUUCCUUGUUCAAGUACUUUUUUAUACCUAUAAGUGAGCUGGCUGACUCCCUUGGCUCCUUUGUUAUUACCAUCAAGGCAAAGAAAGGUGCUUCAUGAUUAGUUUCCGUUUGCUCCUCUUUUGUCUUACACAGCCAUGGAUAUUUGAAAUGCAUCACUAAUGAGACUGCAUUAUGUGUAAAUAUUACAUUUACAUUUUUUUUUUUCAAUACUAUUGUGCCUUUCCUACCAAAGAUUCUCAAGGACAAGAUAAAGGCUGCGCAUGAAGUAUCAGUUGGGCCUUGCUCAUUUUAAGUCUUCAUUUGAUCUAUCUCAGCAAUAUCCAAUCUGCUUGCUUCAGGAAUGUCUAGCAUUGAGCAUUUUUUUUUUUUUUUUUUUUUUUUUUGCAUCAUUCGAGAUUUGUUCAUAUUAAAUAUUUAUUUGUUUAAUGAAAGGGAAUUUAGGUCCAAGAUGCCUUUUUUUUGCUACUUGUGUCACUGUACAGUAGUAUUAGCCAGCAUUUUGAUUGUUAGUGAUUGUUACAAUGCAAUUUUGUCAUGGAUGUUUUUUCAUGUUCUGUAGGCCAUAGUUAUUUAUCUGUACUUUUGCAACAACUGUUUGUGUAUUUUCUUAGUCCUCAUCAUCAAAAAUAAAUUCUCCCAUUUCUAACUGAA